AUGUGGGUAGUCAUACUCUUCGCAGUUGUCUACUUCUUCGAGCUGCACACGAAAAUGCUUCAAUUUCUCCAACAACUGCCCGAUCUCUUUCAAAAUCUUUCUCCUAAAUUUUACGUCGCUCUCACUGGAACCUCCUCCUUUCUAUCAGGGUUAAUACUCGUCUUCGAGUGGUGGUACUUCAAAAGAAACGGUCAAAGCUUCAUCGAGCAAAUGAGUUUAAAUCAUCUUGGGCCUCUGAUAAAUCCAGAUCCAAGCGAUCCCCUUGGCUCUUGCGAAAAGCCCGGCUUCGAGUGCAAAGUGUGGCAAAAUCCAAUGAAUCUGCUGCGCGGCGCCGAGUACGAGCGCUACUACUCGGCCACGAAGAAACAAGCACUAACAUUCUACGAUCUCAACCUCUCCGCCCAAGACCACCAGACAUUCUUCACUUGCGACUCGGACAAGGACCGCAAAGCCGAUAGCAUCAUGACCGGCGCCUGGAGGGAGCGCUACGUCAAGGCCAGAAUCGAAGCUGCUCAAAGCGCGCUGCAAAUUGAACCGGACAAUCCAUCAGCACUGAUCCUCCUGGGCGAAGAAAAAGCAUCGACAGUGGCAGAAGCCGAGAGUUACUUCCAGAGUGCGCUGGUCGCCGCCGAAGCCCGCCACAAAAAGACCCUGCAAAGUUAUAAUCAGAGCAACGGACGAUGCUGCGAGCUUGAACUCAAACGAGACCACACAGUUUUAAUUUACGUCAAACGACGCCUGGCGAUGUGCUGGCGCAAACUUGGCCGAGUCAAAGAAGCGGCGAAAGUGUUCAAAGAACUCACCAAAGAGCCGCCAAAUGUGAACUGGUUGAAUGCGUCGCUCGGGGAAAACCUAAUAGAGUGCUAUCUUGAGCUGGGGGACUAUGCCAACGCGCAGGCUACACUGGCUCGUUACGACGACAUCAAUCUUCCAAAAAGUGCAACGAUUUGUUACACAGCCGCUCUCCUAAAAGCCCGUUCUGUUUCUCAAAAUUUCUCUGCCGAAGUAGCGGGAAGACGGGGGCCAACAUCGCAAGAGUUCCACGCAAUGGACGCCAUCCACAGAGCAGUCGAGUUUAAUCCACACGUGCCCAAGUAUCUCCUCGAGCAAAAGAGCCUCAUUCUCCCACCAGAGCACAUUCUCAAACGAGGGGACUCGGAAGCCGUCGCGUACGCCUUCCAUCACCUACAGCACUGGAAAAGGAUAGACGGAGCGUUAAACUUACUUCACUCCACUUGGGAAGGAACAUUCAAAAUGAUCCCCUAUCCGUUGGAGAAGGGCCAUCUUUUCUACCCGUAUCCUCAGUCGACAGAAGUGCACGAUCGCGAUUUGCUGCCCGAUUUUCAUCCGAUCUCUGUUUACCCAAAGAAGGAUCUGCCAUUUUUCAUCAUUUUUACGGCGGUUUUAUUCAGUAUAACAGCCGCUUUAGCACUCUUCACGCAUCUGUACCCCGAUCUCGUCAAAAGCUCAGUGACGGAGUUGAUUACGAUGAUCGGGACGCCGUUCAGGUGGCUGACGGAGAAGAUCGGGCACUGGUUCACUUUCCUACUCCACGGCGGCCAUUCUACUGGGUCGGUAACUAUGCCCGGGUUGGCCUCGGAGCCGCUGGGCCACCAGGGCAGCGAGCCUGGGCCGCCAAAGCCCCAGAAUGGCCCGCCAAGUGGACUUGGGAACAUGAGUUUUCCGCUCACCAUGCUCGUGGAAAGCACAAUCCACAAGGCGUACGGAGAGCUAUCUAAUCUGGCCGAGCUUCUGCAGGGAAAAGAAGACAUGCACAGGAAAAUGGAAAUCAUCAGUUUCGUGAUUCGGACGAGGCGGUCCUUCGUUCGUUUGAUCGCGCUGGUAAAAUGGGCGCAGCAAGUCAAUAAAACUUCCACGUGCAUGGACAUCGUCGACUUUAUGGACAACCAGUCGGGCAUGUUUACUGACACUGCGGAUCGACUGUACAGCCUGGCGCACGAUUUCCUGCGCCACGCGCGUCUCCCCACCUUCGCCGUCCCCACUGCCAUCGACGUGUUGACGACAGGCUCGUAUCCCGACCUGCCUAGAGCGAUCAAAGACCGCUACGUUCCGCAAGAGCCACUGAGCGAGGAGAACCGCGCGGAGACGAUCACGCGCCUCAAUCAAGUGAUCAAGUGUCGCCUGGUCCAGUGCGAGCUGCCCGCCCAAAUCACCGACUUCCAGAUCGCGAAAGGAAUCGUUUCUUUCGAAGUGCCAAACGAGUUCAAAGUCGACUUGACGAUACGCGGCGACUCGGCGGAGACGCCCUGGACCCUCCUCCGCGUACAGAUAUUCGUCGAAGACUGCACCUCCAACGACGAUAGAAAUCUGGUGCACUACGAGCAUCUGCAAUUCAUCCACAGUCUCUGCCAGUCGCGAUUGUACAAGAACGAAAAGCCUAUCUGCGACCUGUACAGCUGCUUGCACUCCUUUUGCUCGAGUCUGCAGUUGGAAGUCCUUGCCGCCCAGACCAACAAGCUCAUCAACCACAAAUGGAAACAAUACAUCGUCAUCGAAAAGUACGAGGAAGGAUCGAAACUGGUGAUUUCUUACUGGAAGGAUCAGGACAAAGACUACACGAUCACGAUCCAAGUGAACGAGCGGGACUCUUCCGACGUUCUGGAAAUAAUCCACAAUCCAACACUUUCUUCCUGCUCGAUCAAAGAAGUAAUGCAGGCUUCAAACGUCGACCACAUAAAUAUCGAGCGUCUUCUGAUGGACACGAUCCAGUGCCGAACUCGCGCGAGACUAGAAAAGUUAGAAUAUCAGCUCAGAAGAAGAGUAGAAGUCCCAGUUAAUCCGAUUGUUACUGAAGAUGGAACGAGGCUGAUUGUUCCGCUUCUAGUCCCCGGCGAAGUGUCAGAACGCCUGGAUGUUUCGAUCGAUCCGCAAACUGGCGAGCUGAUGCCACUGCUCCCCGGCGCCGCGGAAAAAGACCUCGACGAGUUGAUUGAAACCUUUCAACGCAAUCACGAGAAUCUCUCCGACGUGAUUAACACGCUUCGUUACACGCUCGCCAAAGCACGCUGCGUGCGCGCUGCUUCUGCACACUUGGUCGCGCCCGUCGAGCGCCUUCGACUACUGCCAGACUCGCAACAACUGCUCGAUGCUUUCCCCCACUAUCAACUGUUCAAAUUCUCGCGCUACGUUACGUACUUCCUCCUCGUCGAGCUGUACGACGAUCCGGAACACCACGGCCGCAUCUGCCGCCAGUAUCACAUGCUCAACAUUCACCUCGCCGACGUCAAGGAGGAUCUCUACGACAUCAACUGCCAUGUAACUCUGAACUCAAACCCGUUGGAUCAAUUCUCCGAGUUCCAGAUCGGGCUAAAACGCGCCCGCGACAUGCAACAACCCGAGUGGAUGGACGCCGACGCUGAGCUCUCCCACGUGAUCGCCAUGUGCGAUUUGCGCAUCCCCUUCGUCACGCUCUCCGACACACUGCGCGAGGCCGGAAUCGCGUACACUGGCAUCCUUGACAAGUCGAUUUCAUCGACCUAUGAAAUCCGCUUGCUUGAGUUUCCUUUUCCUCCGGAUGCCGAUCUGCCAACAGUAGCUCAACAGUCGCUGAGGGACGCUUUCUUAUCGCUGACAUUCCGCCUGUCUUGUGUCAAGGACACGCGAGCAGUGACAGCGGUGCGGCCAAACAUUAUGUUUUGGAUGGUGGAGGUGCUUUUGGAAGCGAAUCCAGCCAUCGUCGCCGCCCUUGCGAGUAGUAACGCAAAUGGCCAAACAGUAGCUCACUCGGUCGAGAACAACUGCGUCCGCAUCAAUUUUACGUUUGAAUCGAAGCACUCGCAGGACUUGGCGGAGAGUAUGCAGAAAAUGGACCCGCUGGCGAUGUUCACUCAAGAAUGGGCUCUGGUUGUUCAUCUUCAUGAUAUGGCACUGCAGCUUACUGAUCCUCAUGAAACGGCUUCUAUUCAAGGACAAUAUCAGCUAACCGAGUACGACUACAAACGAAUCGUUAUCGGCUACGGCGAACAAAAUACACAUGGUCAAUUUAGCUCACUUUGCGUAGUGCAAUGGAUCGAAAAGGAAGACCAAAACGGACAAAAAUACCACUUGUGA